CUAGAAAUGAGAAGCUAGAAAGAAAAAAGACAAGACAUUGAAAAACAGAAGAACAAAGAUUAUUGUUAUCUCAAAACUCGAGCUCAAAGACGAAGACAUGCCAUCCCUCUCUAUCUUCCCAUCAUCACUGCCAUCGCUUCAAAACCCUAACUUGGACCAUGCCCACCUCUUCAAAUCCAUCAACCUCCGUUUAAAUUCACCACCACACUGUCACCGCCACUUUCCGCACCUCAAUCUUCACCGGAGAACCCACCUCAAAGCUUUCAGGGAUUCCGGCAAAGAUACAAAGACGGUGUUGGACUCUGGUGGAGGAGGCGGAGACGGCGGCGGCGAUGACGACGACGGCGGGGGUGACCGGGAUGUGGAGAAAAAAGAUGGGUCUUCGGGGCCUUUGCCAGAGUGGUUGAAUUUCGAUUCUAAUGACGCAAAAACGGUGUUUGCGGCUCUGGCGAUUUCGCUUGCGUUUCGUACGUUCGUGGCUGAGCCGAGGUACAUUCCUUCGUUGUCAAUGUAUCCUACAUUUGAUGUUGGAGAUCGACUUGUUGCUGAGAAGGUAUCAUACUAUUUUAGAAAGCCUUGUGCAAAUGACAUAGUGAUAUUCAAAAGUCCUCCAGUCCUUCAAGAAGUUGGAUAUACUGAUGAUGAUGUUUUCAUAAAACGUAUAGUUGCAAAGGAAGGUGAUAUCGUGGAGGUUCGUGAUGGGCAUCUUAUAGUUAAUGGGGUUGAGAGGAAUGAAAAGUUCAUCCUUGAACCACCUUCUUAUGAGAUGAAACCCACACGUGUACCAGAGAACUAUGUUUUUGUGAUGGGAGACAACCGCAAUAACAGCUAUGAUUCCCAUGUGUGGGGUCCCCUCCCAGCCAAGAACAUAAUAGGCAGAUCAGUGUUCCGCUAUUGGCCACCAAAUAGAAUUGCCGACACAAUUUCUAAGGAAGGUUGUGCUGUUGAUACAAAGCAAGAGACUGAGGAGAGUACUACUGUACCUUCUCAAUAAGCACUUCUCGGCAACUGUUUGUUGUGAAUUGUAUGAUUUUUUUGUAGUUCCAUUAUGUUAUUCAUUUUAUGUCAAUUUUUAGAAAAGAAAUAGGAAGCUUGUUUAGUUUGGAACAACAUUUUUAAGUUCCUAAAUAUUACGGGUUUUCGCAUACUCAAUUUCUCACCCUUCACAGCUUAACUUGUGUAUUGAGAAUUCAGAUGUAAAGUAACACAACUGAUUGUUUCCGAAAAACAAAA